AUGGGAGCGACCGUGUCCUUGAGAAACCGUGCUACGAACGAAUCAUCUCUGCUAGAAUGCCUACAGGUUGCGCCACCAGUCCUGAGUCCAGUUGAUGCAUGCCAGCAGACCCUGAUGGUCCAUACAUUUGCCUCCUCGUACGGACAGCCAUUCGUGGGACAAUUCAACCCGCCGGAGUGCAGCUUCAACAGGGUUACCUUCAACUUUACCGUUACCUCUGCCGGCCGGCAGUUUGACCGACUCGGUGUGAUGUUCCUUGAUGAUACCGAAGUGUUCCGGACUUCCACUGCCGAGCCAACACAAGCCGGCAUAAUAUGGACAUAUGUCAAGGACAUGAGCAGCUACCAAUCUCUUUUCAAUACGCCACAAAAGAUAAUCUUCGACCUCGGUAAUAUCGUCGACGAUACAUACACCGGCUCCUGGUAUACGACGUUGACUGCCACCUUCUUUACCGCCGAUGAUGCUAUCGAGCCCGCAGAUGUCAUCAUCCCAAUCUCGGCACGGAAGUCGGGUCAAGAUGCAUCCAGCGUGUUCGUCGUACCGGAGACAAGAGCAGUCAACAGCGUUGUGCUUCCGCAGAACGCGAAGAAGGCGGCCUUCUCGAUCUCCGCAUGUGGCCAGGCUGCUGAGGAGUUCUGGUGGAGCAACGUCUUGUCAUCAGACACCAACGCAUUCGGCAAUGACACCACGCUAUACGGUCACUCGGCCUUCCGAGAACUUCGUCUACUCAUCGACGGAUCAUUGGCUGGAGUCGCCUGGCCCUUUCCCGUCAUCUUCACCGGUGGCGUUGUUCCUGGCUUUUGGAGGCCCAUCGUAGGCAUCGAUGCAUUCGAUCUGCGAGAAGACGAAAUCGACAUCACUCCGUUCAUACCAUUGCUCAGCGACGGCCAGGCCCAUAGCUUCGAGAUUCAGGUUGUCGGCGUCGAUGAUGAUGGUCGUGGGAACGGGAACUUUACGACAGCCAUCGAAUCGAAUUGGGUCGUUACUGGGAAGAUCUUCGUUUGGCUUGACACUGGCAACAACGCUAUCACAGGACCCGCGCCUACCACUGUUACGACUUCCAGUAUCGUACUACACUCGUCAAGACGCGGAUACUCGAACAGCAGCGCAGGCAUCGCACUGGACUACUCUAUUCAAGUCACUCGCAAUCUGGAAAUUCAAUCCACGUUCGACACGCCCACAGGUUCAAGAGCAGUUACCUGGACCCAGAAGCUCACCUACUCCAACGUAGGAACUCUCAGCAACGGCGGUAACGACCAGAUCGUACAUUAUUCCAAAAGCUACGAAUACCCUCUAUGGGUGCAAUCGUCCUACAACGCACCAUCAGGCGGCAACGUCAGCAUCAACGCAAGCAUGUCGCGAAGCAAAAACGUGCAUCAACAAGGCGACCUAGCCUUUCCAAACGACUGGAAGACGUUCGACUACACGCGUCUACGAUCAACGCCCUACAGCAACCAGAGCUUCCUGGGGUCCGACGUGGACAACUGGCAAAAUGGCACAGCAUCCUACCUGUCGGUGCCCGCACUGAAAAAGUCCUUCGGAUCAGGCAGCACAGAGCAGCGCCUCACACUCAGCGGUGUAGGCAGCGCAUCACAAGACGCAGCAUCCCAGCAACUCUACCAAAGGCACAUUGCCGCCACCAACGACUCGGUCGUGUAUGACGACGAGAGCUUCGGGCGUCAAGUGCGAGGCCAGAGCAGGUAUGCCGCUCCCAGCCUGCCGGGCGCGCCAGACGUCGCGCAUGAGUAUGCGGCUGCAGGCGUUAGAGCGAUGCUAGGAAGGGGGCCAGCGUAG